AUGCCGAGUGAACCCUCUUCUACCUUAGUCCGUCCUCUCGAUGAAUGGGCUGUGGGCCGCACCCAGUCCCUCCCCCUCUCCGCUUUGAAGGGCGCAGUUGUCGGUCUCGAUGCAUCGCACUACAUCCAACAACACCUGGUGAACCAGUCGACCCGGGAAGCCCUGCUGGGUGCUCUGGGCGGCUUUCCCUUUGCCUUGAAGGCCAACAUCGAGAAGGAGCUGCAGACAUUCAAGAGCCUGGGUGUUGGAUGCAUCUUCGUUUUCAAUGGUCUAGACUUUGGCAAGAAAGACGAAAAGCCUCGCAACCAGUCCGCAUCUGCGCGCUCCUUCGAGCAGGCCUGGGAGCUCUAUGACCAGCAACAAGCUGACCAAGUCGUGGAUGCCUUCAGCAAUGCCGGUAUGACAACCUUUUCUGCUUCAAUGUCAGAGAUCUGGUCCCCUUCUCUGCCGGCCAGGGUCAUCUGUACCUGGCCGCCGAUCUCCCCAAUCGACGCUGACGAUAAUACCUCAGGGACCCCACCCCCGGAAACCCUCUAUAAGUUCCUGCAGCGGAUUCUCUCCCAGAAUGGCGUCUCCUUCAUGGUGGCACCCUAUAGUGCGGCUGCGCAGCUUGCUUACCUCGCUCGUGGCGCCAACCCCGUUAUCGAUGCCGUUUACGGACCCUCCGAAGCCCUUCUGUUCGACAUCGAUAAGCUUGUGACUCGUAUUGAGACUGAGCCGGCACAAUUUACCUGGCUCACGAAGCAGACUUGCCAGGAAGAGCUAGGCCGCCUGUCCAAUGACCAAUUCCUCGACUUUUGCCUGCUCCUCGGCUCCCCGUUCCUGCGUUCCUUCCCCCUCUUCGAGAACCCGGCCUUCCCCGGAAAGCUCCCUACGGUCCGCGAUGCGCUGCCCAUGUUUAAUGCCGCUGGGAGGAGCGCCUUGACCCUGUGUGCUCAGUUUGAAGAAGAGCGUCGCAUGCAGGAGCUUCAAUACGCAUCGCGGUACAAGCGGGCCUAUAUGAUCGUGAAGCACCAUGUGUAUAUCGCUAUUGAUGGACGUGUCGGUCCCAUGGACCAGGAAACCACUUCCUCGGAUAUGCACGAGCUCAUCGGCCAGCGCCUCCCCGAGGAGCUGUAUUUCUACCUGUCCAAGGGCGUUUUAGGCCCAGACGUACCGAAUUUCCUUACAUCAGGCGAAGUGCGCGUUCCCCUUCCACUGGGUACAGAAGAUUCUGAGGUCUUCCGUCAACUCGUGGGCGAAACUCUCACUCCGAUCCGGACGCAGUCCAUUGGUCUUCUGGCCAAUUCCCUCCACAGAUUCUACCAGACUAAAGUUAUCACCAUUCGCCCGUGGUUUGAUGAAAGCUCAGAAGAGAGGCAGAUCAACCUCAAGGGCCUCCCGUCGGUCAAGGAAACCAUUCAAGCCUGGAAAAUCCCCGGUGAUCAACUCCCUGAGAGCGUUAAGCAGUUGCAGGCGCCUCGUGGGUCCUUCAAGUUCGCCCUUCAGAGCUUGAAUAACUCUGACUUUGUGUCAAAGUCAUUCGCCAACAGAGAGACUCCUACCUUGUCAUCGCAAGAGGAUAUACUUUCGAACGUUUCGUGGCGGUUCCUGCAACUACGUGGAUACGUUGACGACAAGCACAAGCUAACUUCGUGGGGCAAGUGCCUAGAGCAAGCCCUCUCGGCUGUGGAUCCUGCCGAUAACCUAGAGGAUGCUAUUUUCCUUGCCAUUGAGAUGCUUCGUAUGGAUCUUCUCAACACUAAGCACUGGUUUUCACAUGUAUCUGGUGGCCCAAUGAGAGGCUCAGAGGAGGACAAGACUUUCAACAUGCUGGUAUCUCGUGUGGCCUGCAUCGCAAAGCUGCAGCAUAAGGCUAUCGGAUAUUCCGGCCCUUUGAGCCGGCAGCUCCUUUGCUACCGCUCUCUCAUUUCCGAAGUGCGCUCUGCACUGAGGAAUCUUGUUGAGGUGGUUCUGACUGGUCUGCUCCUCAGCGGCGAUGCUGAUCGGGACCGUAAUGACUGGGUUGAGAUGGGAAUUAAGUUGCCUUUUAUUGACGACAAUGACUGCGGCCUCGGUAUUGCCGUUCGCACCUACCUGGAUGAUCUUCCCCUCCAGGCGAACCCAACUUCGCCCGAGGCCCGCGCGGAGGUCAAGUCAAAGGGCAAGGAAUGGUUCCAACACAGCGAGAGCUUCACCGGGAAUCUGGAUUUGGCUUUCAAGCUUUGGGAUGCGGUCUACAAGGGAACGCAGAAUGCGAGCAAGGAGUUCAAGGAGGCAAAGCUUUGGGAAGAUGCCAACAAGUGGUUGGCGGAACGGCGAUGA